CAGCGAUAUCCAAUAAGAGGAGAAUCUGAAGUAAUUCGACAGUGAUAUUCUUAAUUAUAAUCUUAAAAUGGUACAAUCUAAUAGGUUGGAAAAUAUUACCUGAGGGAAUGUCAUUUAAUUCAGCUUAGUCAUAAAAAAAAUGAUACAGAAGUGCUUUGUCACCCUUAUUGUGCAGUAUAUUAGUACCAGUGUGUGUGUGUGUGUGUGUGUGUGUGUGUGAACGCCCCGCUGUUUGUAUUGUCUGCCUUAUCAGUUCCUGAAAGUCCUUCCUUCUUUCUUGCUUCAAACAUGUUUGUUCUCAAGUCUGCAAUAGGAUUGAGGUUACUGAAUCAUAGGAAGGUAACGAGACAGGUAAGGCAAAGUUUCUUAGUGGAGAGGCGUCACAAUUAUAGCGUCACAGUCCUGUUCAUAUCACAUACGCACACAGUAGAUAAAGUGUAGGAACAAAAUAGUGGACAGAAGGAGCAAGCUUGUUAGAUGAUCUUAUGCAGUGAGACAGACCUGUUUGGCAAAUUUCGAAACAAAACAAUUCCACGGAAUUUGUUCCAAGGGACUUACGCAGCGUUUUCUAAUCUCUAAUGGUUCCAUGCCUAUUUGUAUAGAAGACAACAAGAUGCAGGAACCUGAAGUAUUACCAACAACAACGUCCGAUGCAACAUCAGACACACCAGAGACAGCUCUCCCUAAAGAUGCGGACCAAGUCUGGGAUACAGCUCCAGAAUGUUCCAUUUGCUUCACCGCAUAUGAUAACACCUUUAAGACACCUAAAGUUCUGCUGUGCAAUCACACGUUCUGUUUGGAGUGCCUGUCUCGCUUUGUCGCUGUUUUACCAGAACAGAAAGGCACCCAGAUUACCUGCCCCCUUUGCAGACAACCAACUUCUGUGCCUGAAAAUGGUCCACCAGCUCUGGCUACCAGCCUGGAGGUUCUGGGGCAACUACCCAUCCACCAGCAGCAGGAGGAACAUGUAUGGCUAGAUGGAAAGAGGCUCUGCUACACAAAUCCACAGACACCCAGUGAUGUUUGCAUCGACAUUGGGGGUAGCAAGCAACAGAACGAGAACAGACAGGAGGAAACAGAGACUAAUAGGAGCAUACUGGGGAGGUGCACAGGUCUGUUCAGAAGGUGGCAGCGACUACUGAUCUUCCUACUGGUGUUGGCCAUACUGCUCAUCAUAGUCAUCUGGCCCAUCCAGUGCAUCUUCAGCCGGGGUUCGACAGCAGGCUGCUUUGAGAGGCAGAAUGAGCAUGUGACUAUCUUCCCUACAGCUUCAACCAGCAAAAAUUGAUGAAUAUUUCCAGGAUUUAAUUCUUCUGGUGAACCUGCAGCGAGGUUGAGUUUUGGAUUUAAAUGCAAACUCAAAGACUGUGCCAUAGACAUGUAAAGAUUGCAAUUCCCCAAUAAUGGAUUGCUACAUCCUGGACAUUGUGUACUCUGCCAUACAGCUUAAGCUGAAAUUUUUGGGAGAUUCAUCUAUAUUUUUCAUAGCAGUCUGAAAAAAAUAGAAGAUUAAUAUUGCUGCUAAAAUCAACUGGCCCAAAAAUCUAACAAACUAUUAUCGACAGAUGAGGGAUGCUUUGGUUGAAACCUUAAAUUGGAUUGUCUGGUGUAACUAACUGUUAUGACAAAACCUCAGUCAUUUGAAGUUGCUAACUUUGCUGAUGGAAAUCAAUAUUAUAAUUCAGAUUUUGAACAAAUAUGGAAAAUAAUAAUACAGGUACAGCAAGAGUUGCUCUAUGUAUUAUACAGUAAAUAUACAGAAAAUGUUAUUCUGCUUGGGACUGUACCACAGGUUGUAUGCACUUUCCAUUUCACUGUAUUUGAACUAUGAAUAAAAAACAUUUUUAAUAAAAAAAAAAAAAUUAAUUAAAUAGCUACCCCCAUGGACAGGUGUACAUAAGGACAGGAUAUAUUCACUAUUUUGAAUUGAUCAGAGCAAUCCUAAGAACGUCUGUAUUAUACACUCUACAUUAAUAUUUAUAAUUACAGCAUUUAUCCAGAAUGACUUACAGCAGUGUUGUGUAGUCUCCGUGGAAAACUCCCUCACACUAGCACAAAUAGCACCCUGUGUAAGAAUAUUAAUCUAAGACCAUGUAAAUGAGAAAGUAGAGUGUAUAGUAUAGGAUCUAGUAUUUUUACAGUUAGUCGUUUAGUUUACUUCAUAGUAAUCAUUUUAUUGUUCAAGUUGCAGUUUAAUGCUUUUAGUCAGUGAAAUUUAUUUCAUCACCUUGGUGCCAAUACAAAAAAAAAAAAAAAGAGUCUUGAUUUUUGUGUCUUCCUUGUGUCUCGAAUGAUGACGGAGCCAAGUUGAGUCAUGACUCAAGCCGUAGGUUUGAAUGAUAUGUUACUAAGAAGUAUGUUCCAGAUUCAAGAACAAACACUACUGUAAGCAAACCCAAGGGUACAUGACUGAUAAGUCAUGCUAUUUUAUUAAAUCACAAUAUUUUGCCUCCAAUGUGCUCCUCCUUCAAUCCAUGUUUUUUUUCCCAUUUUCUAAAAGAAACUAUAUAAACAAACAGUACCUGCCCAAUUACAUACUUACAAAAUGAUACGUUAGGUAGUAUUAUCUAUCAGGUCAUGUCACUGCUUUAAAAAUAUUUCUGAAUGGUCAGUGUGUAGAAAUGGAAAUGCUCCAGGUUGUGUUAUGUAUGUACUAAACUGCUGACUGUGUCGUAGAGGCCCUAUGCUACACAGAAAUACCUUGCUAUUUAUAAUAACAUUACUCUCAUAACUUUUUAUUAUUGACCUCAAUAACAAUUCCGUUUUAUUUGGACUUGUAUCACCAAGGAAAUAAAACCAUAAAAAUACAGUUCCUGUGAAAGUCAUGACACUUACACUCUCCUCCUCUUUUUAUGUUAGUUGAUGUAGGGUAAUUUGGAUUUGGAGAUAAAAAUGCAUAAAAAUGCAUUUGCAUCAGGCUCAGAGAAAUGUCUCCCUUUAUAUCAGUUGUACAGUUUAGUUCAAAUCACUAAGUAUCUAGUUGUAACUGCACUGAAGUGAAAGGCUACUAAAGAAUAAAUGAAACAAAUGUUUAGAAAUACAAGUUCCCCCAUUAAAUAUUGGUGGACGGUAGGAACUCAAUGACUGAGCCAUUCUGUUUAAUAAUAAUAGAUCAAUAAAGGAUCAAUUUUGUUUUUCCUGACAAGCACUAUUCAAGCGUUCAUAGCGUAACACUGGAUAUGGCAGCACACAUGCAAACCUUCAUGUGACCAGAGACACGGCUCUAUUUAUAACAGAGCGAGACAGAGGCCCCGUGUUCCAUUAUACAAGGGCAGUGCGAACGCCGUUGACAGCGCCAUGCCAACCUUGGGCAAUGUUCAAGUAUUUGGGAAAUAUUACUUACACCUAAAGGUAAGGCAAACAAUCCAAACAAACAUAAUGCUCAACAACCAUAAUGUCACUAAAGAAAAAGAUAGCCGAGUACUGUAUACAUUUUAUUUUCUUUUGACGAUUAGGUGAUUUUUAUUUUAGUGGUUUUAAGUGCUUGUGGCUGACUUGACCCGUGCAGUGUGAUCUUGCUGUAUUAGCAUUGUAAGUGCA